AUGGACCCAGAAAUGAAAAACAGCAACUUUUCAGAAAUCAUCACCCUCCGGCCACUGGAAGUGUCCGACGUGGACGAUCUCAUGGUGUGGGCUAGCGACGAGAGAGUGGCACGAUUCUGCCCGUGGGAGCCCAACACCAAAAGAGAACAAGGGCUCGAUUUCAUAAUAAACAGGGCCAUCCCUCACCCGUGGCUCAGGGCGAUCUGCCUCAACGGCAAGCCGAUUGGGUCGAUUUUGGUGACGAAGAACUCCGGGAACGACGCUUGCCGCGGGGAGAUCGGGUACAACCUGGCCUGGGAACAUUGGGGGAAAGGGAUCGCGACCAAGGCGGUGAAGAUGGCCGUGAAGGCGGUGUUUGAGGAGUGGGGGACGGAGCUGGAGCGGGUUGAGGGUUUGGUGGAUGUGGAGAAUGUUGGGUCGCAGAGGGUUUUGGAGAAAGCUGGGUUUUACCGGGAAGGUUUGCUGAGGAGAUAUGUGGUGUUCAAGGGUAGGAGUCGGGAUAUGGUGUUGUUCAGCAUUUUGUGUAGCGACGUUGAGAAUUGCAGUUUGUAA